AUGGGCGUCAUGAACGGCGAGCAAAGAGCCAGGAGGGAGUCUCUCCCAUCGGACCACAUCCACGACCCUAUCCGUGUGCAGAGCGCGUUGAACGAGAAGGACGACGAGAUCGCUCGCUUGCAGAAUGAGAUGUACCGAUUGAGGCAAGUCAAUAUGGUACAGAAGAGGGAGAUCGACAACUUGAAGGAAUUGGUCCAACAUCUGCAGGAGAAGCUGGGGAGCAGUGACGCACAAGCGUGA